UGGAACGCGUCGGAACCGGAAGUGGCGGUGACGUCACGGUCGCUCUCGUAUUCUCAGCGCAGGACAACAACUGACUGACUGACUGAGGAGAUUGAAAACUUUGACAAACUCUUCAGAAAAGCCGCUUUAAAGUUUAGUAAAGUUUCCCUCCGUGAUGCGCGGUCGUGUUUGAAGUGGACUGGCCGUGUGGCAGAUGUUUACCGGCUGUUAGUGGUGGAUGGAGUCGGGGUUCGGUGUCCAGCGGAGGGCCGGCGGUGGCUCGCCCGCUGUGGGAGCGUCGCAGCGCCGCAGGAAGAUGCCGCCGAGAGCCGCUGAUUAUAAACUGCAGGUGAUCAUCAUCGGCUCCCGUGGAGUGGGAAAGACCAGCCUGAUGGAGAGAUUCACGGAUGACACCUUCUGCGAGGCGUGCAAGUCCACUGUGGGUGUGGAUUUUAAAAUCAAAACGGUGGAGCUGAGAGGAAAGAAGAUCAGGUUACAGAUCUGGGACACAGCAGGCCAGGAGAGGUUUAACAGCAUCACUUCAGCGUAUUACCGCGGCGCGAAAGGCAUCGUGCUGGUAUACGACAUCACCAAGCAGGAAACCUUUGAAGACCUGCCUAAAUGGAUGAAGAUGAUAGACAAGUACGCAUCAGAGGAUGCUGAGCUCCUAUUGGUUGGUAACAAACUGGACUGUGAGUCUGAUCGUGCCAUCUCACGACAACAAGCUGAGAGGUUUGCUUCACGGAUAUCAGGGAUGCGUUUCUGUGAGGCCAGUGCCAAGGAUAACUUCAAUGUGGAUGAGAUAUUCCUUAAACUAGUUGAUGACAUUUUGAGUAAGAUGCCUCUUGAAGUCCCCAGUAAGGAGCUGUCCAACAGUGUCCUGUCCCUUCAGCCCGAACCCGAAAUCCCACCAGAGCUGCCUCCACCUCGCAUGCGCUGCUGUUGAGACUCGGUUCUAUAACCCAACACAUGCUGUUACAGACUCCCGCCACCAGGGGUGACCAGCCCAUACCGAUGAUGAGAUGAUGGCCUGUCAUUACCAGAGAAGAUGAAAGAUAUAUAUAAUCGUCAAUAUAAUCAUCCCUCACAAACCAUAGACUGUGCAAUUUAACAUACUCCAUAUUUUGGUACCUCUAGAUGCCAAUAAAGAACAUCCGUGUCAUCA